CCCAGCCGCCCGCCGCCUCUCCGCGGCCCGACCCCGCGCACCUGCCCGGCCGCUGCGGAGACAGAGGAUAAUAUAACCUCCUUCAAAAAUGGAAGAUGGAAAGCCAGUUUGGGCACCACACCCCACAGAUGGAUUUCAGAUGGGCAAUAUUGUGGAUAUUGGUCCUGACAGCCUAACAAUUGAACCUUUGAGCCAAAAAGGCAAGACAUUUUUGGCUCUCAUAAACCAAGUAUUCCCUGCAGAAGAGGACAGUAAAAAAGAUGUGGAAGAUAAUUGUUCACUAAUGUACUUAAAUGAAGCUACGCUGCUCCAUAAUAUCAAGGUCCGAUAUAGUAAAGACAGAAUUUAUACAUAUGUCGCCAACAUUCUGAUUGCAGUGAACCCAUACUUUGAUCUACCUAAAAUAUAUUCUUCAGAUACAAUAAAGUCAUAUCAAGGAAAAUCUCUUGGGACAAUGCCACCUCAUGUCUUUGCAAUUGCUGAUAAGGCUUUUCGGGACAUGAAGGUGCUAAAGAUGAGCCAGUCUAUCAUUGUGUCUGGAGAAUCUGGAGCUGGGAAAACAGAAAAUACAAAAUUUGUUCUAAGGUACCUGACUGAAUCCUAUGGAACGGGUCAAGAUAUUGAUGAUAGAAUUGUUGAAGCAAAUCCACUAUUAGAAGCCUUUGGAAAUGCAAAGACUGUUCGCAACAAUAAUAGCAGUCGAUUUGGAAAAUUUGUAGAGAUUCAUUUUAAUGAAAAGAGCUCAGUUGUUGGAGGAUUUGUUUCACAUUAUCUUCUAGAGAAAUCCAGGAUCUGUGUUCAAGGCAAAGAGGAAAGGAAUUACCAUAUCUUUUAUAGGCUCUGUGCUGGAGCUUCGGAAGACAUUAGCGAAAAACUUCAUUUGAGCUCUCCAGAUAACUUUCGGUACUUAAACCGAGGCUGCACUAGAUACUUCGCUAACAAAGAAACUGACAAACAGAUUUUACAGAACCGCAGAAGUCCUGAGUAUGUUAAGGCAGGUUCCUUGAAAGAUCCUCUAUUAGAUGACCAUGGAGACUUUAUUAGGAUGUGCACAGCCAUGAAAAAAAUUGGUUUGGAUGACGAAGAGAAGCUUGAUCUGUUUCGAGUGGUGGCUGGGGUCCUUCAUCUUGGGAACAUUGAUUUUGAGGAAGCUGGCAGCACCUCAGGUGGCUGUAAUCUGAAAAAUAAAUCUACUCCAUCCUUGGAAUACUGUGCUGAGUUACUGGGCUUGGACCAAGAUGAUCUUCGUGUAAGUUUAACCACCAGAGUCAUGCUCACGACAGCAGGGGGCACCAAAGGGACCGUUAUAAAGGUCCCACUGAAAGUGGAGCAAGCCAACAAUGCUCGUGACGCGCUGGCAAAGACAGUCUAUAGCCAUCUUUUUGAUCACGUGGUCAAUAGAGUAAAUCAGUGCUUUCCUUUUGAAACUUCCUCGUAUUUUAUUGGUGUCCUGGAUAUUGCUGGUUUUGAGUACUUUGAGCAUAACAGUUUUGAACAAUUUUGCAUCAACUAUUGCAAUGAAAAACUUCAACAGUUUUUUAAUGAAAGGAUUCUGAAGGAGGAGCAAGAACUCUAUCAGAAAGAAGGCUUAGGUGUUAAUGAAGUGCAUUAUGUGGAUAAUCAGGACUGCAUAGAUUUAAUUGAAGUGAAAUUAGUGGGAAUACUAGAUAUUUUGGAUGAAGAAAACCGCCUUCCACAGCCAAGUGACCAGCACUUUACAUCUGCUGUUCACCAGAAGCACAAGGACCACUUCCGACUCACUAUUCCCAGGAAAUCCAAGCUGGCAAUUCAUAGGAAUCUCAGAGAUGACGAAGGUUUCAUCAUCAGGCAUUUUGCAGGGGCAGUGUGCUAUGAAACAACUCAGUUUGUGGAGAAGAAUAAUGAUGCAUUACAUAUGUCUCUUGAAUCCUUAAUAUGUGAAUCCAAAGAUAAGUUUAUACGGGCAUUAUUUGAAUCAUCCACAAAUAACAACAGAGAUACUAAACAAAAAGCAGGAAAACUUAGCUUUAUCAGCGUUGGAAACAAGUUUAAGACGCAGUUAAAUUUACUUCUGGAUAAACUUCGAAGUACUGGAGCAAGCUUCAUUCGUUGCAUCAAACCUAAUUUAAAGAUGACAAGUCACCACUUUGAAGGUGCUCAGAUUCUCUCACAACUUCAGUGUUCAGGUAUGGUGUCUGUGUUGGACUUAAUGCAAGGUGGUUUUCCAUCACGAGCUUCAUUUCAUGAACUCUACAACAUGUACAAAAAGUAUAUGCCAGAUAAACUUGCAAGACUGGAUCCAAGGCUGUUUUGUAAGGCUCUUUUUAAAGCUUUGGGCCUAAAUGAAAUUGACUACAAGUUUGGAUUAACAAAAGUAUUUUUUAGACCUGGCAAGUUUGCAGAAUUUGAUCAGAUUAUGAAGUCUGACCCAGAUCAUUUAGCAGAGUUGGUUAAAAGAGUCAAUCACUGGCUAGUCUGUAGUCGCUGGAAGAAAGUUCAGUGGUGUUCGCUCUCAGUCAUCAAAUUGAAAAACAAAAUAAAAUAUCGAGCUGAAGCUUGCAUUAAAAUGCAGAAAACUAUUCGAAUGUGGCUUUGCAAAAGGAGACACAAACCUCGAAUUGAUGGCCUGGUGAAGGUAGGCACACUGAAAAAACGACUUGAUAAAUUUAAUGAAGUAGUGAGCGCAUUGAAAGAUGGAAAGCCAGAGGUGAACAGACAAAUCAGAGAUCUUGAAAUUUCUAUUGAUGCUCUGAUGGCCAAGAUUAAGUCCACCAUGAUGACAAGAGAACAAAUACAGAGAGAAUAUGAUGCACUGGUUAAAAGCUCGGAGCAACUCCUUAGCGCAUUGCAGAAAAAGAAACAGCAAGAAGAGGAAGCAGAAAGACUGAGGCGCAUUCAAGAAGAAAUGGAGAAAGAAAGAAAAAGACGUGAAGAAGAUGAACAACGUCGGAGAAAGGAGGAAGAGGAAAGGAAGAUGAAACUUGAGAUGGAAGCCAAGAGAAAACAAGAAGAGGAAGAGAGAAAGAAGAGGGAAGAUGAUGAGAAACGUAUACAGGCAGAGGUGGAGGAGCAGCUGGCCAAGCAGCGCCAGGAGGAGUCCCAGCAGCAGGCUGUGUUGGAGCAGGAGCGCAGGGACAGGGAGCUAGCCCUGCGGAUCGUCCAGAGCGAGUCAGAGCUCAUCAGUGACGAGGCCCAGGGCGACCUGGCACUCCGCAGCUUGAAUUCCUGUCCUGUAACUUCUAAAAAUGAUGGAACAAGACCCAAAAUGACCCCGGAACAAAUGGCCAAAGAAAUGUCAGAAAUUUUGAGUAGAGGCCCUGCUGUACUGGCCACCAAGGCAGCUGCUGGUUCCAAGAAGCAUGAUCUUAGUAAAUGGAAAUAUGCAGAACUGCGUGACACCAUCAAUACUUCUUGUGAUAUUGAGCUCCUGGCAGCAUGCAGAGAAGAGUUCCACAGGAGGCUCAAAGUGUACCAUGCGUGGAAGUCUAAGAACAAGAAGAGAAACACAGAGACAGAGCAGCGUGCGCCCAAGUCUGUUACUGAUUAUGAUUUUGCACCAUUUUUGAACAGUUCACCCCAGCAGAAUCCCUCAGCUCAGUUGCCAGCCCGGCAGCAGGAGAUCGAGGUGAACCGGCAGCAGCGCUUCUUCCGCAUCCCGUUCAUCCGCCCCGCGGACCAAUACAAAGACCCACAGAGCAAGAAGAAAGGCUGGUGGUAUGCCCAUUUUGAUGGACCAUGGAUUGCCCGGCAAAUGGAACUCCAUCCUGACAAGCCACCCAUCCUUCUUGUAGCUGGUAAGGAUGAUAUGGAGAUGUGCGAGCUGAAUCUUGAGGAGACGGGCCUCACUCGGAAGCGGGGUGCUGAGAUUCUGCCAAGACAAUUUGAAGAGAUCUGGGAACGCUGUGGAGGCAUCCAGUACCUUCAGAAUGCAAUAGAGAGCAGACAAGCUCGGCCUACAUAUGCCACAGCCAUGCUGCAGAGUCUUUUAAAGUAGAGCUUGCACACUAGCCAGCCUCACAGCGGGUUCUGGCCUUGCACACCAUGUAGCUUUACAUUGAGUCCUGGCCUUGGUACCAGAUAGGGAGUAUGCACAAAACAUCUAACUUUUCAUUGCUCAUGUUAGAAUUUCUUUCAUAAAGUGAACAGGUUUAUUAAUCAUGGCUUUUUGUUAACUUGUUUCAACUUAAUUGUUGUGAUAGUGAAUUUGAGACCUAGAAAUAAUAUUCCUGUGUAAAGCGGAAGCUCUUAAAUGUCUCAUUAUUCUGAUGUUUGUUACAUUUGGACAGAUCCUCAUUCUUUGCACAUUGGCAUUAAGCUCAUCAUGUUUGUUCUCAAUGUAAAGAAAAUUAAUAUAAAAUUUCGAAGUGCUUGAUUUUUAAUGAUGACACAGUACCUUUAUAACUGGAAUAAUGGAAUUUUAACUUAAAUUUCACACAAAAAUUAAGGCACUUAAAAUGAUCAAGGCACUGAUGAUUUUUUUUUUUUUUGCACCUUUUCAGAAAUCUGUCGAGAUGAAUCUUACCCUUCCUUUGCAGUGUGCCUAAGCCCAAGGGAAACCAAGGUCCCUGGGGUCUAGAGUCUAGAAAGAGCCUUAGUGUGCUGAGCAUAUUGUGAGGUGCUGACAGGCCUGACACAGGUCUGGGGUGCUUGUCUCCCAAGCUGCGCAUCCUUACAUCCUCCAUGAUUAAGUAACGUAAAUUCAGAUAGUGUGAGUGCCUGAAGGUUUUGACAUAGCUUGUUUCAUGUAAGAAGGGACAGUGAACAGGUGGCACUGUGGCUUCACUGGAUUCUUUCAGUUUCAUCUCAGUGAUAAUUUUUGAGUCAGAAUCGUGUCCAGGUUAUUUUAUAUGAUUUUUGCUGGGGUCUGCUCCAGAUAUCUCUCACCCUUUUCAUUCUUGGUAUCAUGGUUUUUUGUGGGAGGGGGCUUUGAGACUUUGGUAAUUAUAGAGCUGUUUUAUAAACUUUACAAUUCAAAAGUCCUGUACUUAGAGAUUGAUUGUUUUAUGUUGCAGGUGAUUAAAAAAACUGUGUGCUGCUAGUCAUGAUUAGAUGUCAGCAGUUUUAAACCUAAUAUUUAUAACUGUAAUAUUAGGAAUUUAGAGACAAAUACAUUAAGGAGUUAUGUUGACAUCCAAAGGUGUCUUUGUUUGUAUUUUAGAAUAAAAACAGAAAGUAAAAUGAUCUCUGCACUUUUGUUUCUGUUUUUAAACACCCCAGUCUUUGAAAUGAAAUUUCAUUUUUUUUCUAGUAAAAUACUUCAGUUUGGAAAAUAUCCCUUAGAUGAUGAGAUUAAUGUUUAGAAGCCACAAGCACUAUUUUCAGAAUCGCUUCUCUUCUGAUGUCUCAGUACAGAAAUAUUUAUUUAUUAUGAUACUGUGCAAAUGAUUGCCUUUUGUUGAAACAAAGUGACCCUGUCUGUGUUAUUCACUGAGAAUGUAAAUGUGAUUAUCUUUUGAAGGUUGGUCACUGCUUCAGUUUACCCACUGUUGGGUCAUUUGGUUCUGUGAUUGGUGACAGGAGGUGACUGAAAUAAAUGACCUACUCUUUCUCUUC